AGUGACAUAAAGAAUUUCGUGCAAACCAUUACCUUAUCGAAACUUCUGCACAAUAGCACGGUAAUUUAGUUGAGUGUUUGUAGAUUUCACUUGCAUCAAUUUAUUCAAAGCAACAGUUGUCCAAAUAGAACCAUAUUUAUAGUAUAUACAUAGUGCACAGUCUCAAGACAAUCGAAAGUCGACAAAAUGAGUGAAGUAAUUGCACCAUUUCUGAAGAGUUCGCUGCCAACAACGCAGGUCGAGUUGACCUUGAGUUGUAGAAAUCUCCGGAAUAAAGAUUAUUUAAGUAAAUCGGAUCCCUAUUGCAAGGUAUCGAUGAAAGAGCCAUGGCAAGAUCAUUUCUCUGAAGUUGCUCGCACUGAGAUGAUCAAAGAUUGCUUGAAUCCGCAAUGGGUGAAAAAGGUCAUUUUGGACUAUAACUUUGAAAUGAUUCAAAAACUUCGAUUCGAAAUUCGUGAUGACGACGACGGAGAAGAGUACGAUUUCUUGGGAUUUUUUCAAACUACACUCAGUGAAUUGGUUUCAUUUUCCGGGCGACAAUUCGUUGGUCGACUCAAAGGUGAAGCGCCCACGGACUUUGGCGAAAUCAUUGUGGUAUGCGAGGAGGUGAUUAGUUGCAAGCAAAUUGCUGAGAUUCAAUUUCGCGCGGAGAAUUUGCCAAAGACAUCGUGGUUGAGUGGCAUCAAUCCGUUUUUGGUCAUAUCAAGAUCCGUCGAAGACGGUUCGUUUUCGGUGGUUGCAAAAACGGAAGUAGUACAUGGAAAACAGAAUCCAACAUGGAAACCGAUAACAAUCCGAGCAACGACACUCUGCAAUGGUGAUUUUGACCGAACAAUCAAGAUUGAUUGCUAUGGCCACCGAGGUGAUGGAGAUCAUAAAUUGUUGGGAACAUGCUAUACGUCAUUGAGAGGACUUAGUUCGCAGAAUGAUUGCAUGAUUUUUUUCAAUGAAAAAAAGAGAAAGGAAAAGCCCCACCAUACGGCUGGUGAAUUGAAAGUGCAAAAUAUUCGAAUCGUUGAAGAAGCGACAUUCUUGGAUUACAUCAAGAACGGAACACAAAUGCAUUUUGCCGUUGCCAUCGAUUUUACUGCAUCGAACGGUGUUCAUACCGACCCAAAUUCGCUGCAUCAUCUUAGCCCAAACCGUUCGAAUUUCUAUGAAAUUGCACUGCGUGGAGUUGGCGAGAUUAUACAGUAUUAUGAUAGCUCGAAAAUGUUUCCGGCGUUCGGCUUUGGCGCCAAACUGCCACACGGCAAUGUUUCACAUCAGUUCCCCUUAAACGGCACACCCAGUCAUCCGUAUUGCGAUGGCAUCGAAGAAAUCUUAACUCAUUACCGCAACCAACUAAAUACGGUGCAACUCUAUGGACCCACCAAUUUUGCCCCUGUGAUAAACAACACCGCUUUUAUUGCAGCCCAAUUUCAAGAUGGUCGUCAUUACUUUGUGCUAUUGAUAAUCACCGAUGGACAAAUUUCCGAUUUAUUUGAAACGAAAAGAAGCAUAAUAAAUGCAUCGUCGCUGCCCAUGUCCAUCAUUAUUGUAGGCGUUGGAGAUGCUGAGUUCGACAACAUGGAUGAAUUAGACUCGGAUGAUGUUCGUUUGAAUAUCGGAAAUCAGGUUGCUAAGCGAGAUAUCGUACAGUUUGUUCCUUUGAAUAAAUUCCUUUCAAACAGUGGACCAAGUCGAUUUAUAAAAUCUCAAGCCGAUUUAGCGAAGGAGGUCCUUGCAGAAAUCCCGGAACAGCUGACUAGUUUUAUGAAAUCCCAUGGAUUUGAACCACAAGUGGCGGCACAACACCUGCCUCCAGAUUCAACCGUCAUUGUGCCAACUGCACCGCUAUCUUAAGCUUGUCGCACAAUCUUUUAAUUUAUCUACUGUUUCGAUAAAAACUUAAUUGCGACUUUUAAGUGAAAAGAAUUGCCCUAUUGCAUUUUGAAAAUCAUUCGUAGUUAUUCGUAUUAUUUUGGUGUAUAUUUCCGUAUAGACGUGAACAAUCAAUUAAUUACCGUAAUCAAUGUCAAUUUCGAUAGAAAAAUCAACUCAUCAGUAUUUUACCUUUAUAUCCUAUCAAUAAUGUAUUUUCACAUUCAAUUCGUUCAAUACACCAACGUAUAUCUGGAGGAAAAGCACAGUGUGACAGCACAGAAUGCAGCCAUAUUUCGACAACGCAGCACAUAAACAAACUGAUGGAAAAGAAUUGUCAGAAUUGUGAAAAUCUUACAUUCAUUCGAUAGCAUUCCAUCAGUUGCGCACAUUCAACUACAGUCAAGGAUAUAUAUAUAUCGUACGACGAUUUGAUCAUUUUAACCGUUAGUUAAUUAAGUGAUUGAAUGAAUCAUUAUUAAUAACUGACUUAAAUUGUUUUGUAUGUAAAAUCCCUUUGGAUGUCAAAUUUUAAUAAACGUAUUGUUUCCAAAUGGAAUUAUUGGAAAUUUGGAACCAACAUUCCCCUAUUCUCAACACACAUACGUACUAUUGUUUAUAAACAAUAACAUUUGCAUGCACUAAAUUGAAGCUGCAUUUGCACGUCAGCUGCUCUACAACCACUGUGUGGAAUAAACAAUAGUUUAGUGUAAUGUCAACAGAGAGAGUUCUACUUUCAUAUUCAUUCAGUUCAAUUUUUGUUUUCAAAGAAAAAAAAACAGAAAAAAUUUAUUAUAUCUUUCAAAAAGAAUUAAAUCAAUUUAGAAGUGACCACUUUGAAUUUUCAUUUGAAAUGCAAAAAAAAAAACGAAAUGAAUGAAGCAGUUCCGCCAUUUCUGAAGAGCAUUUUGCCGACAACACAAGUCGAGUUUACUUUGAGUGGAAAAAAUCUCCGAAACACUGAUUUUCUGAGUAAAUCGGAUCCAUUCUGUUUGAUCAUACUAGGUCAAGAAUCUUCAUUGAAGAUCUGACAAAAGUGCUUUCUAUCUUAAAUACGGGUUUAAUAGACUGACUUUGCGAUAAGAUGUGUUCAUGUUCAAAUGUAUAUUUGAAUCCCAUUCCAAGUCGUUUUUAAAUUAACAACCAACAUGUUUCAAAUAUUUCUAGAGCGCUAUACGUUUUGCAAAUAAAUACAUAUAUAUUGCACUGUAUUUCAUUUGAUUACAAAGGUGUUUUCAAUAUUAUAAUCACUAUAAAAUGAAACGAUAGUCAUCGUCUAUUUCGAUUUUGAUCGAACAAAGCUAGGGGCUUCCAUGUAUAUUCCAUCCAAGAAAUAUACACCAUAGAUGACAGUCAUACGAAAUAUUCACAAUACUGGCAAAAUAUGCACCAUAUUCACGGAAUAUACACGAUAUUCAUGAAAUAUACACCUCAUAUUCACGAUCGGUAACAAAGAUUCGACAUUGCCGUAAACACAUAUUUUUUACAUGCUGUGUAUAUUCUGUGAAUAUGGUGAAUAAUAUACACGGAUUAUAUGCAAUAUUCACGAAAUAUUCACACAAAUACGAAUGUAUAUUUUGACUUAAAAGCCCCUAGGAACAAAGUCUACUGGAAGUUACAAUUUUUUCUGUUCAUUUUUUUAUUCUUCAACGGUCUUUUUGACCCAAAAAAUGCUCAAUUUGGGAACAUUGCAUUAGUUUGAAGCAAAACUAAAAAAGAGCAUAUUACUGUUGUUUCUUCACCUCUAGAUCUUUGACUUCAUUGCCUAUAAAAUUGGGGAAAAAAUUGACGCAUAUGUCCUGUAACAAAAAGUGCUUUCACAUAAUAUACACCAACGUAUAUGUGAUAGCACAGAAUGCAGCCAUAUUUUGACAAAACAGGCCAUAAAAUAACCGAUCGAAAAGAACUGUCAGAAUUGUGACAAUCUCAUAUGCAUUAUUCAUUUGAUAACAUUCCAUCAGUUUCACACAUUCAAUCAUCUGAUGGCAAUUUAUGUAUCAGAGUUUUAAGAAAUAUACAUUAUUCGACGCAAACACGCAAUAGUUCAUUAAGUGAUUGAAUGAAUCAUUAUUAUUAUUAAUAACUGACUAAAUUAUUGUGUUUUGUUUGGAAAAUCCCUGCGAACGUCAAAUCCAAAUAAACUUUCUGUUUCCAAGUGGAA